AUGGAUGGGAUUUUGCUCGAGUUCAUCGAGUGUUCCAUUCACCAAAUCCUGUUCCAUCGGGGCGUGUAUCCAUCCAAAAUAUUUGGGUCCUGGCAAAAAUUUGGCGUGCCCGUCAUGAUUUCCGAGCAUCCUUGGGUCAACCAAUUCAUCCGGGAUCAUUUGCGGGAUUGGAAGCAAUUGCCGCACUCGAAUGACGGCGGCACUUGGGAUCUGCUCAUCACCCACGGUUCCGUCGUCUUGGAACGCUAUGUGUUUGAUAUGAAUGUUGAAGGCUGGUUGGCUCCGCAAACAAAGGAUGCUUUGGACAUGAUUUGCUCUGGCCUUUUGGACCAUCGCUUUCGAGCCUUGCUCUUGAAACUGACCUCGGCCAUGACAAAUUUGCCGCCCAUUGAACCUAGUUUGGACCGAGAUGGACUGUCUUUCACGUUUGAAUGGCAUACGAGUCAAAGUGGCCUCGACUUUCCUCCGAGUCAUAUUAAUUGGUGUUUACAAGGUGAGCCGCCCCAGAGAUCAACUGAUGCUGGCAAUCGACUUAUUCCGGUGUUCCACUUCCGAGAGCCUCACGAUUUCCGACUCUACAUAGUGCACUAAGUUAGCUUAAAUUGAAAUGAAUUGAAAUGAAGCAAUCCGAAGUUGAUAGCAAUUUAUUUUACUCGUGAUCAUACUCUGCUUGAGAGGAAAAAUAUUGAUCUUCUAUAAGAAAGUACUAAUAAUAUAUAUGUUAUAUAGAUUUA